GUGGUGAGUGAAAUAAAGGGAAUGUGCGCGCAUGGCUACAUGUGACCGUCUCUGCCCAGCAGCAAUGGCGCUUCCGCUGUUACUACUACUGGAGCUCGCGCUGUACGCCAGCUGCUUCAUUUGUGGAAUUGUCACCGCUGCUCUGGUGACAAUUGUGCAGGGCCACACUGAAGGCAAGUGCUUGCUGUACGGGGUGCUGACCUACAAUGACACGGCCAAGUUGAUCAGCGUGAGCUCCACCAGCCACCCGUCCCUCUGCUACUUUGUGUCGGGCAUCUCGGUGUGCGUGGCCAUCUUCUGCUUCUCCCUCACCCUCUACUGGGUCUACUCCAGCUGCGUGGAUGGAGACAUCAGGAGAGAGCGGCUGUGGCUGAACGUGACCCUGGGGAUAAGCGGAGUAUUCCUGUUCUUCCUGCUCAUCAGCGGAUGCAUCCUGAAGAUCGGAAGGGACAAGCUAUGCCAGUCUCUUCCGCAGAACGCUUUUGACAGGUGUGAGGACGCUCAGCAAGUGACCUGGGCGGCUCCCUACAAUGGUGACAAGUUCUACAGCAGUCUGCACAGUGCAGAGACGUCGGUGUGGGUGAACUUCUUCUUCUGGGCCAUCAUCGGAGGCCUGGCCUUCUUCCAGCGGAGGAAAGGCAGCACAGAGUACCGUGGCGGCAGCGGCGGCGGAGAGAACAUUGUCGGAGCGAGCCCCGGAGAGACGGAGCCAUUCUUCAACCGUCCAGGGCGACCCUAAUGACCUCCUGACACACACACACUCUCACACACACAUACCGCACACACACACACACAGACAAACAUACAUGUGAACCCCCAACCCCCCAUCUGAGCCUGGCCACGCCAAUAUUACCCCUCCCCCCAUUCAACUCCCCCACCAAACCUUUCUCUUCUGAAGCUCAAAACAGUCCGCCGUGCCCACGCUCAAUUGAUACUCACCCAAAUACGCCCAUGAUGUGUGUGUGUGUGUGUAUGUGUGUGCGUGCAUGUGUUCCGGCGUGUGUAUGCGGAGGGGGGUGGUUUAGGUCUCUGCGGGCACGGAUUGAAGCGGGUUAACGUGACAUGGGGCCGUGGCUGAAUCGGAGCCGACAUCUCUCUUGGUUUUCACCCCCGCUGUCAGUGCCAAACUAAGGCCUGUUGCCAUAGUUACUGAUCUGGGGCUAGCUGGCUGGCUGGCUGGCAGGGAGUGGAGGGGAGCGUGUGUGGCUGGCUGCCUGGCUAGCUGGCAGGCAGGCGGCAUCAGUGCACCUUAGCAGAGUGCCAACCCCCCCUCUCUCUGUCGCUCCACUGUGACCCCACCUCACAGCACAGGAAGAGAAAAAAAAUACCACUGCUCUUUUAUAUAUUUUAAAUAUACCAACCACCCUGCUGAAAAUAUUACUUUUUCCCCUCUUCUAUGCAGUGUUGCUUGAAAUAUGCCAGCUUUGAAUUUGUGUUUUAGAUUUCAUUUUGUACUUGUACUUUUGGCCAUCUCUGCUAUAACAUAAGUAGAUUUACAUGCCACACUAAUUUAAGUGAAAUAGGUCAUUAACCCGGUUGGCUUGGUUUGACCAAAUAUGAUGAGGAAAAAAAAAAAUCACAUGACUCCCGGACAGUCCUUGUUUACACGUUUUCCGCAGUGGCCUACAUCAGAGAACACACUUGUGACAGCUGUACAGUCAAAUACACACAAUUAUGUGCCUUCUCACAUCGCAUGGAAAUGUACAUGUUUUGAUAAUCGGACUGAAUUAUGUAGGGCAGUGUAGAGAGCACAGCCAUUUCUUUCUGUCUGCAUUGUCCAUGUCCAUGUUAAUGUCAAUCUGCAGUGGCCAUAAUUAUUUUCUGCAUUUCCUGACAGCUGAUUAACAUCUCCCCCUGCUGUCCAGUCAAGUAACGCUACAACAGUGUGAAAGACAAUGUUUGUUUUCUUUUUAUUUUGUUUUACCACAAGUCUUACUAAUGUUGCACUCUCCAUUUCAUGUCACUAUUCAUGCUACUUUUUCGUCAAGCUGGUAGUAAAUUGGGGCAACAGUUUGGGCAGCCAAGGAACACCACAACAGUUAGUGUUAAAGAUCAUGGUUGAUUUUUAUUUUAUUUUUGAUUUUGCCAUAAGCCUUACUAAUGUUGCAAUGUCUGUUUCAGGUCACUAUUCAUGCUACUUUUUUGUCAAGACGGUGAACUGGGGCAACAUUUUGGGAAGCCAAGUUACAACUAGAGAUACAGUUACUGUGAAUGAUGAUGGUUGAUUUUUGUUUAAUUUGUACUUAAUUUUACCGCAAGUCUUAAUAAUAUAGUACAAUCAAGGCACUAUUCAUGCCACCUUUGCCAAGGUGGUGAUGAACUGGGGCCACAUUCUGGGCAGUACACUACAACAGUUAGUGUGAACGAUUAUAGUCAAAUUCUUUAUUGUUUUACUAAUACUUUACAGGGUCCCUUUCAGGUCAGUAUUUAUGUCACAUUUUGGGCAAUGUUGCCAUCUCUUCAUCACUGAUGUUGGGGAGGAAAAACAUUUCAUCAGGAGAGCUUGGGAGAAGCAUUGGGCGACCUUUUUCUUUCCAUGGUCCCUGCAUCAAAUAAAUUAGGACCAAAUGCGCGGGGGGUCUGGAGAAAUUACUCAAAAAUGUUGCGCCCCUGUUUCAUCAGAUUCAGACUCAGUAUCUUCAUGAUGGAUAGUGAAUGGAAGGGAGGGUUCCACUUAAAUGCCCCCAUAACUCACACCGUCUCCUCCAGCCAUGCGUCAUGUGUUCUGGUCUCGUUUCAAUCAAAAGCUCCCAGCUUAGCAAUCUUUUUUACGGCAAAUAUCUGUAACAAUACAAUCUGUUACAAUAGGAAAAGUGCAAAACAUUGGAUGAAUAUUCCAAGUCCUUUUAUAUUUACACAGUUUGUUUUUUUAAUUUGGGUAGGGAUGAUUCUAUGUUGUCAAAUAGUCAAGCUUGGACCUUUUAAGAUUAAAUAUGAUGAAUUGAGGUACACCAAAAGCGCAAAACAUUAGGUGAUCAUACCUUUUACAUUUACACAACUUACUUUUGAUUUGUGGAGGGAGGGUUUUAUAAUGUCAAAGCCAAAUGUCCAGCUGGGACUUUUAUUUUAAGGUGGGAUGAUUGACCUAUUAUGUUUAGUUGGUAACAUAGAAGGGGGAAGCACAUACUUCCUUUCAGGUGCAAUUGGCUCGCUUCUGUCCUAACCGUCAACAUCUAUAGCAACAAGGCAAUGACAAGCGAUUUCCUUUGAUGCCUUCAUAGCGUCGCUCAAUAUGCUGCUCAUUGUUUACCCUUCUUUUGACUUGCUUCAAGACGAUACUUGUGUGGAGGGGGGGAUUCCAGGAAGCACUUUUUGUCACUUGCUUGCUUGUGUAUGUUAAUUCAGAGUAUGUCGUCGUAACCCUGUUAAUGGGCUUACAGCUUUGUCUCUCCUUAUAAAACAGGGGUGGGGAACCUUUUUCAUCCGAGGGUCGUAAAAGUCCUCCGAGGGCCAUACUAUGAACACAAACCAGGAUUUUCCCCUUCACUUUAAGCCUAUAUUGAAGGCAGCCACCUUUUAAACAAACACCACCUUCUCUAGGUUCCAUGAAUAUAACUUCAUUGACAUUGUAUUGCAAAUAUAUUUUCUAAGAUUCCUUUACAAAAUAUGUCAUCUUUCAUGUGAAGCUGAAUAACAUUAAAAUUAUACCGGGGGCCGGAUAAAACUGCAUCAAGGGCCGCAAAAGGCCCUCGAGACAUAGGUUCCCCACAACACACAUUGAACUAUGUAUUCUAUUGCAUUGCGUUAACUCCACUGGCUCAAUCAGCUGUCCCAUGCACUUGGAAUACCCCUUAAGAGUGCUAAGUUUGAUUUGGUUUUCCAUUUGCUUUGUUUGUAUAUUCCCCACUUUUUAAUAAGACAUUUCCUUUCUGGCACUGAUUAUUUUGUACUGAAAGGAUUAGUUGUUUUUUUCUUUUUACAUGUAUGGCCAUGCUAGACCCACAUAUUUCGAUGUAUGUUGCAAUUUCUGAAAGCUUGGCAAUAAAAUUUUGGGGUUUCAUUA